CACAUCCUGCCUGGGAGGGGGCGAGCGAGAAUUAGAUGGGAAGAGAGAGAGAGAAAGAGAGAGAGAAAAGUGCAGAGAGUGCAGGAGGGAGAAAUAGCCAUGUUUUGUCUUCCAGCGAGAGGAGCGAGGGAGGAGGAAGAGAGGGAAAAGGAGGGAGAGGGGAUGUGAGGACCGUCGGUUGGUCAGAUCCUAGCCAGCUUCUCGUCAGAUGGACAUCAGCUCUUGGGACACUUUCUACCAAGUCUCAGAAGUUCUGAGAAACCCGGUUCUUCUCUAGAACCUCAACCGGCUUGAGUGUGAAAGAGAAGAGCCGUGACGAGUUUCAGUGAUAAUCUCCGGGGAAAAAAGGUCCACAAGAGCGUUUUCGCACAAGAGUGCAAUUGAACUUGGACUCCAGGAAUUCCAGGAUGCUCGGACUUGUACUGGGAUCAGUUUGACAGCUGAUGUCCGCGGAGUCCGACGCAGCGUUCCUGUCAUCAGGCCUCACUCCUGGCACCUGGCAAAGCUAUCGGAGCCGCCCCUCCCUCCCUCUCCCCCUCCUCCCCCUCCUCCUCCUCCAUCUCCUCCUCCACCCUGCCUGCCCACCGCGGACUCCCCCCCUCUCCCUCCUCCUCCCCCUCUGUCUGCCAUGCAGCUCCACCCCGGCCCAUACACACUACCCUGGCACACGUCCGACAACAGUGAAUUGUCCCUGCAGUGGGGUCAGCUAUCCAGACCUUAUUCCUCCACUGACCGAAGCAGUUCUCUGGGCUCCAUGGAGAGCUUGGAUACACCAACACCCACAACACAACCUUACUCCGACUCCCAUAAUUCACCCGUCGACCCCGCCCUCUUCAACAACAAGAGAGACUCUGCCUACAGCUCGUUCUCCGCCAGCUCCAACACAUCUGACUACGCAACAGUGACACUAAGGCCGGGAGAAGCCUGCUCCAUGGAUAACCUCCUCCAGAGUCUAGGACCAACUUGUCGAGGCUACCCUGGUGUUGAUACCUCAACCCUGGGGAAUUCUUCCGGCGAAGUCCUGGGUGAGGCACAGCUCAUUGUUCUUAAGUCCAGGUCGCUGACCAGGACAAGACCAAGGCCCGUUGAGGUAAAAGAGAGGCCCUCCUCUUGCUGUUAUGAGGAGGAGCGGAGAGGAGAAGACUUUGAAAUAAUAAGAAAUGGAGAAAUGGUAGCUGAGAGAAAGAAGAAUCCUCCUCAGCCUCCAACCAGGAAGGACAGUUUUAGGGCCACCCGGAGUCGCCCUAAUUCUGCCAACAAACGUUGCACUUCUGCACCCAUUGAAAUUUCCACUGUUUCUUCUCUUAAUGAAGAAACAAAGUCCUACCCAAAUGUUGAAUCAGGAAUCUAUAAUGGCUUCUCGGCAACAGAAGAUGGUGAUAAAACUGGGAACUCCAAAGAUGAUUCCUUGGACUUGCACUAUAUCCAAAGACAUACUAAAGACAUUAGACAUAUAAGAUGUGACACUAGUGCUAAUAACAACUUUAACUCAGACACAGCAUCAGAUCACCACCCUGACCCAGUCACAGCUCCCCUUGUCCCCUUCAGCACCUCCCGCCCAGGCUCCUUAUCUGCAGAGCCCUCCAUUGAGGUCCAAGGGCAGUCUCAUACCAUAGACUCUCAGGCCAAGUAUUCCUGUAGGGGGCUGCACCGACACAGCGCCCCCGAGAAGCUGCUCGCAACCCAACUUCAGCUAUUGGAGUUUGACAGUGAAGACUCCCCAUUGGAGCCUUGCAAUCCAGCAAAAUCUUCUGACCCUUCAUUGUCCUCUUGUAACAGUCAGUGGCCCCAUUCAUCGCUCCAGCCUAUGAGGGAAGACACAGAUCCUUCUCAGAACCAACCCCAUACUCAAAAUAAAUGGGGUGGUAGUCGUUGUUCCACCCCAGGAUCUGUGUUCUUGGAAGGGGGAGAUGAUGGUCCAGGUUCAAGUGAGAGACUGGAAGCGAUUGGUGUUAAUGGGGGGUCCGUACCCACAGUUGAGCAUCACCAUCCUUGGGGCCGCUCUGUGAGUGUACCAGGUGACCCCACUGGAUCGUCAACCCAGGGAAGGUUGAGUUCUGAUAAAAUACUUGAGAGAGAUUUUGAGCCUCUUAGUGCUGCAUGCAGUGUGGAUACUUUGCUGGAGGAGCAUAGGGCAGUGGACAAAGAAAGAAGUGGAUUUAAAAAGGUGGAGACUAUCGAAGGAGAGCCGGAUCUAAGAAAGUCACACUCGUCCAGGAAUCACCGUCGGAACCGCCGUCGUAAUGAGCGAUUUGCUACAAACCUCCGCAAUGAGAUCCAGAGGAAAAAGGCCCAGCUCCAGAGUAGCCGUGGUCCAGGGGGGUUGCUUUGCAGUGGGGAAACUGUACAAGAGGAAGAGGGUCCAGAGCUCAAUGAAGACGGGGCAGACCAAGAUCUGCCUGCCCAGCAAAGGACUACCAAAGUUGCAUUCGCUUCACCAGUUAGUUCCCAUGAUGCAGGUACCACAGCACCAGUUGAGGAAUCAAUUGAAUCGAACCAUGAUGUCUUGACUCCACCACAGUCAACAACCUGCCCUCAAAGCAACAGUCCAACUAGGUCCGUCCAGAUUCUUGACCCAGGAGUCCCCAGUUUUGGGGUUGGAAUCCGAGUUGUGGAGGAACCAGCUCCUGCUGGUAAAGCCCGCCGCUGGCGUUGGACCCCUGAACAUAAACUUCAACCAGAACCUGAACCAGACAGAAGGAAUGGAGUCUCGCGUGAGAGGGUGUUGGGAGUCUCAGGGUCGAGGCAUGGGGUCUGUGCCUUCACCCCUUCAUCCACUUCCUCAUACAGUCGCUCAUCUUCCUGUUCUCGAAUGGACGAUUCCGAUAUCCUUCCAUUUGCAGAUAGAAUGAAGUUUUUCGAGGAGACCAGCAAGGCCAUGUCUAAGUCAAAUGGGUCAAGUUUGACAAGUCAGAGGCAGAACAGGCCCCAGCAACAUGCAGAGCUUCAAGGACGGGAACUUGGUCAACAUCAAGCCCAAAGGAGAUACUCCUACCAGGGAGGCCUUCAACAGGAAAGUUCCCUGCUUCCAAGCGCUGCGGAAUCCCGAAGGAUGUCUGUUAGUUCCAGCAGGGAGAGGCAGAGAGAGAAGGAGAGGGAACAAGCCCGAGAAAGAGAGCAAAGGGCUAGGGACAGGGACAGGGACAGGGACAGGGAAGAGAGGUUGAGAGAAAGAGAGUGGCAGCAGGAGAAGGAAAGACAGGAGAGGGAACUGGAAAUUGAGAGGGCGAAACUCAGGGAGAUCCAGCAGGAGAGGGAACGAGAGGAGAGGCUGAGACACUGGGAGAGGGAAAGAGAGAGGGAGCUCGAGCUGGAGAGAGAAAAAGGGAUGAAGAAGGCCAGAGAGAAGGAACAUCUCAAGAUUCAAAGAGAGAAAGAGCUUGAGAGAGAACGAGGGGGGGGAAGGGAAGAAGAUGCUCAGCUCACCUCACAUCAGGAGUUUUAUGGCAGUUCUGGCUUCAAAGAAAAGAAUCAAGACUACCAACCCACGGACAACUUCCAGCACAAGCCUCAGACCAUCUCCCAUAGCCAUACCCAGAAUCACGUCCAGCGAUCAGCUUUUUAUCGAGUCAACACCUCCUCCCAGCAAAUGGAAUAUCAGCAACCUCUUCAGGAGGGAUAUACAACAAGAAGCUACACGACUACAGAGAUGUAUCCCGCCCGGCAACAGGAAACUGCCAAACUCAACAGGAAGUACAGCCUGACUGAGAGGGACUACUCAAGCUGGAGACGGGAGUCGAGGCCUCCAGAGAGCGUUCAUCAUUAUAAUCAUCAGCCCCCGCACCCGGGCCGUUGGAGCUCCAGACAAGUGGACGGAGUCAACGAUGAGCAGAAUGGUUACGCUUUCCCCCCCCCUCCAGCUCCUCUCUCUCUGCGAGGGCGCGCCAUGUCAGAAAACGACCUCCGCUUCGACAGCAGCCACCGGUGGUCUCCGUCCAUUUCCGUGGCGGCCGGCGAGACGCUGAGCGAGGUGGAGGAAGGAGCCGGCGGGGUCAGAGGGGUAGAAGCCGCCAACACCGCCUGGCCUAAGAGAAAGAAAACGCCGCCUCCCCCGAGACCGCCGCCCCCAAAGUGGGAGCAGUUCCACCGCAGACGUGCGUCUCACCACGCCCUUUUCUCCUCCUCCUCUUCUUCUGCUGCUCCACACUCCGUCUCUCCCGCCUUCGUCCCUCCGUCAGAAACAUCCAGACAGCGCUCCUACAGUCUCCCUCCAGAGAGACAGGAAGCGUCAGAGAGCUGCCCGCGCUGCAACUGCAGCCAAACCCAGCAGCAGACGUAUUCCCACGCCUCGUCCAAUCAGAGCCAAACACAAACCCCGGAACACACGCUCGCUCCGUCCAAUCAGAAUCAGGUGGAAUAUCAGGAGCAGCCCUUUGCCAUGGCUCCGCCCAGUCCCAUGUUCUCCAGGCGGGCGUUCAGACCGGUGGCCCCGCCUCAGAGAGAGAGGAGCGUAUACGACGAGCAGCAGGAGGAGAGGGUGGGGAUUUUACUGACUCCGCCUCCUCCUCCUCCACCUGCAGGAGAGAGCGAGAGAAGCGUGUCCGAGAUAAACGACAGCCACAGCCCGGAUCAGGACAAAUUAAAACCUCACACACACCAGCCCAACGCGAGGCCAGGAGCCGAGUGGGAGAGGACGCCGUCUCCCAGAGUCCGCAGUGACUCGUCGCUUCCUCCUGUUUUAGAAAACGGAGAAGUCGGCGCCGCUUUACGUCCUGAGUCGUACUUCUCCAUCGACUACAUGCAGCAGCAGCAGCAGCUCCGUGUGGGUGCAGACCACCAGAAGAUCUCCGAACCAGGAACCGAGUCGGAGACCACCCUCAGCCCGAGCCCCGCGCACAGCCUGGACGCGGAGCUCGACAUCCCCAUGGAGACGGACAUCGACGACUUCCAGGAGGACGAGGAGGGACUUCCGGCGGGGGACGAGCCGAUCACCAGCGAGCUCCCGUGCUUCGCUCUGCCUGUCACCGUCCUGGAGACGGACAUGGACACCUUGCAGGGCUCCGAGGCCUCGCCCUCGGCGGUGGUGGCGGCGGGCAGGACGCGGGCGGAGAGCGGCUCUGUGGAGGAGGAGGAGCUCGAGGUCAGGGAGAGGCUGAGUCUGGAGGAGCUCUUCCCCCAGAGCGGUGAGGGCGAGUCGGCAACGGAGAGCUGGAGGGGAGCCUACCAAACCCAGGAGCACAACACGGACAGCCUGGACAGGCGGUCGGGUGCGAGCUCCAGCUGCUCGUCUUAUUACAGCACGUCUGCGGCCAAAGCUCAGCUGCUGUCCCAGAUGAAGGACUUCACGGACACCAGAGAGAGGGACGAGGACGACGAGCUGACCUACAAGAAACAGCUGAUGGAGAGUCUCCGCAAGAAGCUGGGCGUGCUGAGAGAAGCUCAGCGGGGGCUGCAGGAGGACAUCAGAGCCAACGCACAGCUGGGAGACGAGGUGGAGAGCAUGGUGGUGGCCGUGUGCAAACCCAACGAGGUCGACAAGUUCCGCAUGUUCAUCGGCGACAUGGACAAGGUGGUGAGUCUGCUGCUGUCUCUGUCCGGGAGGCUGCUGAGGGUGGAGACCACGCUGGACACGCUGGACCCCGAGACGGAGCACCACGAGAGGCUCCCCCUGCUGGAGAAGAAGCGUCAGCUCAUGCGGCAGCUGUCCGAGGCUCAGGACCUGAAGGACCACGUGGACCGCAGAGAGCAGGCCGUCAGCCGGGUGCUCGCCCGCUGCCUCUCCCCCGAGCAGCACAGAGACUACAGCCACUUUGUGAAGAUGAAGGCGGCCCUGCUGGUGGAGCAGAGGCAGCUGGAGGACAAGAUCCGGCUGGGAGAGGAGCAGCUGCGGGGGCUGAGGGAGAGUCUGGGUCUGGGUCUGGGGAUCGGUAUGGGAAUGUCGAUGGGAUACGGACAUUACUGAAGAAAGAUCAAAAACUAAAAGAGACGAUGAAGCAGGGUGUGUAGUCAGAUUCAGGUCGACACGUUGGAGAUUUAGAGGCGAGCAUUGAUUCUUAAAGGAAUAGUUUGACAUCUGUCUCUUAAGACUCACUGUUUAAUAUGGUUUACGUCAUUUUGACUUCCUGAAGUCUUAAUGCUAAGCUAGGCUAAAGGUUCCCUGACCUUACAUCUAAGACUUUUUAUAAGAAGUAGUAGGAAAAAGGGAAGCCAAUGCCAAAGUGCCUUAAAUCUGCAUUUUUUUCAAAUGGCCAGCAGAAAUCCGAUUGUGCAGAAGCUAUUUGAAUAUUUCCCAUCUUCUCACUUCUCUAAAACCUUAGUAAGCUUUUUCUCAAAGUAUUUUUUGUCUCAAUGGCAAGUACAAAGACUUCUCUAAUAGAUUGAAACGGACAAUUAAGACGGGUUUUUGAGGGCGUAGCUGUGAUUGGCUAGUAGCUAAGAUGUCUACUUUUUUUGUAAUGAAAGAAUUCCUUUGGCAAUGGAGUUGGGUGUACUUGUUUUUUUUGGCCAGAACAUUUUGUAAAAAUCAGGUUUUUAUGCUAAACAAAUUACAGUCUGAUGUUGCUUAGCCAAGCUAGCAUUAGCUGAUAUUUUAGCAUUUUUCUAACCCCAACACUUCUGUCCAUAAACACCCUCUCUUCCAAAUACAUGGUAUCUUCUGGUUAAAAAACUAAGAAGAUGGUGCAGGCCACAAUGCCAAAUUCAUUAUUAUGGUAACUAAGGGUUGGCAUCACAUUGGCAAGACAGCUUCAUCUUUAUCCCUCCAAACUGUCAAACCAUUCCUUUAAGAGUUAGAAAAAUGUUGAUGCCGAGGUUUCAGGACCAAAAACCAACAGCUAGAAAAGCUCCACAAUGAAGACUAAGACCAAAACAGGAGCUUGAGGCCAAAGGGGUCAGAAAGUGGAAAGAAGUGGACUUAAGUACUCAACCUUAGAAAAAAAAGACCGAAGAAGAAAGUGAAGCACGGACUUGUUAAAUCUUCAAAUACAAAGAAUACACCGGAUACUUUUAACGCCAACAUACCCUCCAAACACUUGUUUAAAGACGUUGAAAGUCGAUAGCCUCUGCUUCACAUUAAGUGCCUGAAACAUGUACUGUAACGCUAACACUGAUCAGUAUCACACUACGUUGCCAAAGACAUUUUCGCUUGAUGAAUGUGUCACUGAGAUGCUGCUUUAUGUGUGUUUUUUUCUUUUUGUAUUUAAAUCUCGUGGUUCAGAGAAUCUAAGGAGACUUUUGUUUUCUGGUGCUUCACACUUACAAACUGUUUCCAUUAACAAAACUGCAGCAUUAUCGGGAAGUUAGCUAAAUGUGUCAUUUUGUCUUCGUUGCUGGUUGACACCUCUAUUUAGCAUUACAUAUACUGUAUUAUCUACCAUAAUGUCACCGUAUUACUUUGUAUUCCUAUUACUGUAAUGUCUGUGGAUGUAACAUGAUUCACUGUGUGGAGUUUGAGACCCCACCGACUCGUUAUACUGUCACAUAUUAACUGUUAUGUACAGAGGACACUUGUGUUUAUAAUGUAUAAGAUGUGUAAAUAGUUCUUUUGAUGUUUGAAGUGACUGGAAAAGAUUGUAAAAAUUGGUUGUAAGGAUGGACAAGAAGACUGCCAAGAGAGAAGAUUAUUGGGUAUUUUUGAUGGAGAAAGAAUCCCAAGAAGAAUUGUUGUUUUUGUUGUUAGCUUGAUGAAGUAUUAGGUGAACUUUUCCCGAGGUUUACUCCCAUUUUGAACCCCUUUAUCUGUUUUCUUAAAGCCUUGAAUUUGAUUUUUUUUGUCAGUUAGUGUUUACUGGAAACUGAAGUCUAAAGAACAUUUAUUGGCUUUCAUGGUAAAAGUUGGAUGAGAAGAUUGACACGUGUCUGUACGUAAAGUAUAUAGCUAGAACCAGCAGAUUGUUAGCUUAGCUUAGCACAGCUUUUGAAAAUGGAGGGAAAGGAACGCUCUGUCCGCCUACUAGCACUUCUUAAACUAAUUAAAAGCAAUUUCUUGAAUUUUCAAUUGGUGCAAAACUAGAUCUAAAAAUUACACAUUGUGAUAACCAGCUUGUUCAGGCUAGCCAAUUUAGCUUUUUGGCUAACUUGCUAUUUAACACUUUCAAUUUCUUACAGAUAAAAUUUGCUUUACAGGAUUUUAACAGAGCGAUGCUUGGCCCUGUCCAAAAUGUUAAAAUAUCUUCCUACCAGAAACUCUCUAAAGAUCAUUAAAUAGAGCCAAACAAAGGCGUAAAAAGACACAGACGGGGGCUAGCUGUUAAGUUUGAAAGGCUAGCUGUUUUUAGCUAGCAUGCAUUUGUCUUGUUUUCGCAUUGUACGGUUUAAACAAAUACACGUAUUUAUAAGUGAGCUUUAGAGCUCAGGAAGGCUAACAUAUGUUUAUGGACUCAGAUUCACUGUUUUCCUCUUUCUCCAUUCCUAAUGCUAAGCUAAGCUAACUGGCUGAUGGAUUUAGCUUCAUAUUUAACACGCAUAUGUACAAGUGUGGUAUCAAUCUUCUCGUCUAAUUCUCAGCAAGAAAGAAAUGCAUAUAUUUCCCAAAUUGUCCACUUUUUUGUUAAUGAAAGUGCCAAAACAUACCAAAAAUGACUUCUUAUUCCCAAUCUUUGGAAGACAAGCUUUCCUGAUAUUCAGUAUUUUAACUCAAGGCAAUAAAAGUACAAAAAGAUAACAGUAGCUUAACAAGAGAUGGGAGGGAUUCUGUGGGGGAGAUUUGUAUAUUUUGACUGUUUAAAAGCAAACUUUCUAAAGUUCUUGAAAAAUUCAAACACAUUUACUUUUGGCUUACAUUAUUAGUUUAACUGUUUGAAUUAAAAGUCACAGUUUAACACUUGUUUUCGUUCACUACCUAAGUUCACUCUCAGAUGAUUCCUGCUGUUUUAACACCCAAAACUUUAAACUUAACAUGUCCUUAUUGUUCUGUAUUGUACAUAUUACGUGUAUUUUUGUACUAUAACAGCAAUUUUUAAAGCUGACCAGGGAGAAAAAAGAGGAAAAAAGACGCUUGUUGGGUUAGUAUGAGAGUAUAUUUCUUCCGUUCUUGUUUUCCUGUGUAAUUUUGAUAUAUUACAGAUUUUUUUUGUAAAAUGUAUUGCAAGAUGUGUAAGUGAAAAACACUCCUGUGAGUAAAAAGUACCAUAAAUAAUAAUAAUAGUAUUUUAAACAAGC